AAACUUAUUAAAUAGAUAAAAUGGCUCCUGCUAAAGAUAACGAAGACACGAAUGUUGCUGUAGUGGUGCGUUGUCGCCCAAUGAAUGAUAAUGAAAAAAAUUACAGGAAAAUUGUUCGUGUUGAUGAAAUGAGAGGACAAAUUAUUGUAGAACACACAGGUGUAAAUGCGGAUGAGCCUCCCAAAACAUUUACUUUUGAUAAUGUGUUCAGCGAUACAUCGAAACAGGCAGAUGUCUACAAUAUUACGGCAAGAAAAAUUGUGGACAAUGUUUUGGAAGGAUACAAUGGUACAAUAUUUGCGUAUGGGCAAACUGGAACAGGAAAAACUUUUACAAUGGAAGGCGUCAGAAGUCAACCGGAGCUGCGCGGAAUAAUACCAAAUUCGUUUGCUCAUAUUUUCAGCCACAUCAGAGAAUGCGGAAAAACGAAACAGUUUCUAGUGAGAGUAUCUUAUCUCGAAAUCUACAAUGAGGAGGUGCGUGAUCUCCUGGGCAAAGACCAGAACAAGCGCCUAGAAGUGAAAGAACGGCCAGAUAUUGGGGUGUAUGUAAAAGAUUUGUCAACAUUUGCGGUCAACAAUGCCGAUGAUAUGGAUCGUAUCAUGACGUUAGGGAACAAAAAUAGAGUGGUGGGCUCUACGAACAUGAAUGAACAGAGCAGCAGAAGUCACGCCAUCUUCUCCAGCACCAUUGAGUGCAGUGAGUUGGGCCCCGAUGGUCAGCAGCAUGUGAAAGUGGGCAAACUGCACCUGGUCGACUUGGCCGGAUCGGAGCGUCAGUCGAAGACAGGUGCGACUGGAGAUCGGCUGAAGGAGGCCACUAAGAUCAACCUCUCCCUUGCCACUCUGGGAAAUGUCAUAAGUGCUCUGGUGGACGGCAAGAGCUCCCACAUACCCUACAGGAACUCCAAACUCACCCGACUGCUGCAGGACUCUCUCGGAGGCAACUCUAAAACCAUGAUGUGUGCUAAUAUUGGUCCUGCCGAGUACAACUAUGACGAGACCAUCAGCACUCUGAGAUAUGCGAACAGAGCGAAGAACAUCAAAAACAAGCCCAAGAUCAACGAGGAUCCCAAAGACGCCAUGCUGCGCAAGUUCCAGGAGGAGAUAGAGGAACUUAAGAAAAAGCUGGCCGAAGGAGGUCAGUUGAGUGGAUCUGACGACGAUGGAGAAGAGAGUGAAAGCGAAGAGGAGGAAUACGUGGACGAGAAUGGGACGAAACAGACGAGGAAGAAGCCCAAAAAGAAGAAGAAGACUACUGAAGGGAAAACUAAUGAUCCAGGCAAGAUGUUAUCGAGUGAGAAGAUGGAGGAGUUGAAGAGAGUGAUUGAGGCGGAGAGACACAAACUGUUCUCCCAGGUGGACAUGGAGGAGAGUGAGAAGAACCAAGUGCAGCUGCAGCUGGCCAAGAAGGAGGCGGAGUUGAGCAGGGCUCAGCAGGAGCAGGAUGCACUCCAGGAGAGGCUCGAGGCACUCAAACGCAAAGUACUGGUGGGUGGGGUGGACUUGCUCGAAAAAGCACAGGAACAAGAGAGACUGCUGGAGGAAAGUGCGAAAGAGUUGCAAGCGAGACAGGCCAAGGAGGAGGAGCUUAGGAAGAGGCUUCUGAAGAAAGAGGCUGAGCAGAAAAAGGCAGAGGAGAAGUUCACUAACAUGCAGGAGGAGGCGGACGUCAAGACACGCGCUCUCAAGAAGGCCUUCCACCAGCUCAUGUCUGCAAAGAGCGAACUGGCAGACAUCCAAGAGGAACACGGGCGAGAGAGGGAGGCUUUGCUGCAGUCCAUCCGGGAACUGCACAAAGAACUCUCGCAACAGGUGCUCAUUGUGAACAGCUAUAUACCCCCUGACCAACUGGCUCUGAUUGAGAGAAACGUCACUUGGAGCGAAGAAAUUGGAGAGUUCCAACUGAAAUGUGUGGCUUACAGUGGAAACAACAUGCGCAAACCCACUCCAUCAGACGAAAAAAGAAUUCAGCCGGAUGAGUCUGAUCUGUCCCACGUGUACUUGACGUACUCAGAGGCGCCUGCCAAGUCUAAACCAGUGUCGUCCAGAGCCAAGUCUGCCAAGUCCAAAAAGAAGAAAGAGUUGAAGAACUAGAGGAAAUUAUUUCGUCGUAUAUUUUGAUGAUGAUCCAGCCAGGAGGAUUAGAUAGGUGUCGUUUCGUGCAAUUUUGACCAAACACAGUAAAUAUACUCAGUGUCAAAUAAAUUUCGCAUUGAAUGUUUUUAAUAUUCUGUACAGUUGUACUCUAAUUUGUGCAUAGACGAUUUGCAAUAAAAUGCAAGUAUUGUAAAAUAUUUGAAUAUAGUUUAACCAGUUA